GACUACACUGCGCAGCUGGGUAAGCGCAGGCGGCAGGAACCCGCUGCUCGUACAGUUGGCAAACUGACCAAGUUGUCUUUGAAAACUUAAAGGCUCACAACAUACUCACAAUGACUUCGACGAACACGUUCCAAGGGCUGGAAUCUGGCUCCAAACCGAGUUCAAGGGUUUUGCAGCCUCCUGGGGGUGGAUCCAGUAACUUAUUUGGUGGUUAUGAAGAUGAUGCUGCAGCAUCAAGAAGACCUAAUAAAAUGGCCUCUAAAGUUUUUUCACCACCAGAAGAGACCCAGAAUGUACCCAGACGCUCCAAUCCUCCAGGUGGGAAGACUAGUGGAAUAUUUGGUGACUCUGAACCGCCUGCUCAACCACAGAGGCCUGUACCUCCGGGUGGAACAUCUAAUGUAAUAUUUGGAGCUGCAGGAAGUGGACCUGAACAAAGUCCAAAAAAAACCCACCCUAACAAACCAAAGGACAAUCUGAGUGUGGGACCUGAACCUGAAAUACCAGCUCCUGAACCCAAGGUCAGUCCACCUGAGGUGAAGGUGGAAGUCCCCCCUCCAGCCCCUGUGCCGCCUAAAGAGCAGCCUGCUGUUGUGCCGGUCCCUAGCCUUACCUCCUCUUCCCCACCUCCUGACGAGACUAUAAUGAAGAAUCACGAGCCUCACCUGGGACCCAAGCCUCGCUCCCACAACAGGGUACUCAACCCACCAGGAGGAAAAUCCAGUGUUGUGUUCUACUGAGCAAAUCUAUACACCAGCACUCUGUCCUUUGUUUCCAUACACUCCUAAUCUGAUCACCCAUUGUUCUUCUCUCAUUCCAUUGUGCAUCACCUUGCCGUUUUUCACCUUGAACAUCUGAAUGCAGACCUGGACUUGGCAGUUCUUCUCUUCAAGUUUUUCAUUUAACCAUGUCCUCCUCAACAUACUCUUGCACUUUUGGUCCCACAUCUGUUUUUCUUUCUCUUCAUCCAAUUAUUGUUGUUGACUAAAUCCUGCAAUCAUACAAUCACCUUCUGGUCAACCAAAGGACCAGCAAUUUUACUGCGAUUCUGUCCAAUUUCAGUAUUACGGUUAAGUUUUCACCACAUCUGUGUUAAAGCAUUUGUUAGUGUUGUUUCAUUAAUUUUUUUCACCAUCUGAUUGGUUGACACAUCAGAAAAAAGCUUUAAAUUAUUGUAGAUUUAAAUGUGUUUGACUAAAACAAAUCUUCUUGCACAGACUAGUUGCAGACAUUUGCCUGAAAUAGUUUUAAAGCCUUACGUUUUUCAGACAUUGGCUGUUGAAGAGGUCUGUCACCAGCUGAAUGUUAGGUGUUUGUGGUGAUGGGGCAGAGUUGCUUUUUAUGUGCUUUCAUUUUCUUUAUUUGAUGACAGCACAAGACUUUAGACUUUGACAAUGACCUAAUAAGCAGAGGCCUUGUACCAUUUAAUCAUUCUUCGUACAUUUUAUUCCUUAUUCCGUCUCUUCAGAUUUAAAUUUGCUGUCAGAACAAAGACUAAGUUCAGAGAUGCCCCACAAAUUAUCCUCAAUCAAAAUUCCAUAUGGCGACGCCUGGAUGCUUAAUUCUUCCAAAAAGAAAUUCCAUUUUGAUUGUGUGCGAAUGUAUUUUGUGCAGGUACUUUCUGCUUUGUCCUUGGCUUUGUUUGAGAACUUACUCUGUUUUUUUGUUUUGUUUUGGGUAGGCCUCUGUUUAUGUUUUAAAUUAAAACGGCUGAAGACAGUGAACUCUGGUCAAGCUGGUGUCCUUACCUGAGUUCAGGUGGGCUCACUGAUAAUCACCUUUUCACUCACCUCAUGACACACACUCAUGGUGUUCUGGUGCCGCCCUGUUCUCACUGUGUUGACGUGCCUGGCAGGCAACAAGCGUAGCAGAUGAAAGGAAAAAAAGAACAUCUGUGUUUUGCAAUAAAAACGUUGUUUUGCAUUAA